AUGGAGAGCAUACAAGGAAAAAGAUUGAUGUUGCUAGCUUUAUUGUUUGCUAUAGUGAGAGCACAACAAAUUACCAACAAUCCUCCCAACAAUGUUGCUUCUUUGGGAAAGGCUCAGCUCCCAGAGAGGAAUAAAGGAAGAGGUGGUGGCAGUGGCAGUGGUAGUGGAGGGGUGUAUGGGGGAGGAGGAUGUGGAUGGGGAUGGGGAGGCCCCGGCGGUAGUAGUGGUGGCGGUGGAGGUGGAGGUGGGGCUGGCUAUUGGAGAUGUCAAUGCACGAAGCAUUCGGGAAAAAGAGGAAAUCGUCAUAUGGCCGACGAGAAGAGAGAUUUCGGUAGUGAAGAGUUUAGGAUGAGAGAAUUCGGCGAAUGCACCACGAGAGGGAGGUGUGAGGGAAUGAGAUUAGACUGUCCACUACACUGUGGAGGUCCUUGUUCCUAUGACUGCACCCAUGCUUGCAAAGCUUACUGCAAACACUGA